GUCUAUCAAAAGAUUUUCUGUCUAACCCAACUAAGUACAAUUCUUCAGUAGUUCUUGGGAAACCCUCCAAAAUUGGGUACUCAGAAGAUUUAUUAACCACAACUUUAAUUUUUGGAACAGAAGCCAUACGUACUGGGUUCAAAUUUGAAAUAGCUAGAACUGACGCAUCCAUUUGUUUAGACAUUCCUAGCUUUAAUAUACGCAUAAAACUUUUCAGUUGAAUCGUAUCAGCUUGAAUAAUUAAAUCAUGUGGUGGUUCUAUAAGACGUAUUGUUGCCUUUCCUUGAUUAAUAAAUUUGCUAAAAAUUUUAUCUAUGUUAUUAUCAAUCUGAAAAUAUUUAAACAAUAAAUUUAAAUUCUUUUUAUUAUUUCAUUCUUUAAUUAAAAUAACUAGACUUUUUACCUUAUAUUUAAUACCCUGUUUAUUUUGUAAUGUUUGCCAAAGAAAGUACAAAUCAUUGCCUUUUACUGUGUGCCUUCCAAUUGCUAAAAUUGAACGCUGUGAUUUUCGUCGUAUUAUAUUUGUAGACGAAACUCUAUUAUUAACUUCUAUGUUGCAGUAUAAUUUCAUUUUGAAUUUGUCUUACGUUGACAGAAGUUAAAACAACAUUAUAUAAAAAAUGUUUUACUAUUAUUGGUUAUCUAUUUAGAUCAUAUGAUAGUAUCAGUACAUUACAAUAUGAAUUUGAAUUACACAAACAUUAUUUAUAAAUAUCACAAAACAUAAAGCCGACACUUAUCCUCUAUUUAAUAGAUUGUAAAACCAUGUAAACAAAUUUCUUUUUUCGCGCGCAGUACUGACGACUGCUGACGACUAGCAAAGGAAUCGUUUGAAAUGAUGUGUACAUAUACAAUCAGAGCUCCCAGCCAGCUUCCUGACCGCUUUACCAGUUUCUUCCAGAAAAGUAGAAGUGGGGGAAUUUCCCACCACAAAUAGGAUUGGAUGAUGCCAUAGGCAAUCCAUUGGAAUCGUCCAAUCUCAUUUGUGAGGUCUUCUCUCCACCACUUGGAUCAGAUUCUGAAUAGAAUCCCUGACAUCAUUGGACACACUAGACACCAAUGGACACACUAGCUUUGAUGUACAAUCAUUUGCGUAUGCAAGUAUUUAUGUUUUGUAAUACGUUUACAUAUAUGUAUAUACAUAUAUUUGAUGGAUUACUAUUCAUUUCUACCAACUUAACUUAUACAAAAUUAAGGAAAUUGUAAUACAUACAUAUGUGCAUAAUGUACAACGUGUAUUAAGAUCUAAAAUAAUAGUAUUAUCUUAAUCAAAAAUUUUAAAAUUGAUUAGAAUAUAAAUAAGUACAGAGAGAAAUAAUUAUUUAUAAAUAGAGACUUGAAAUCACAUGCGAUAUACAUACAUUCAUUACUGUAUUCCUUUGCAUAGAUAGGAAUGUUACUUUGGCAAUAGUGUUUAAAGGCGGGAAAAGGUAACCGCAGGUAAACGCACAAGGAUUUAAAAUUAACAUAGUCUAAUGUGUAAUAUCCAACUGAUCUUACCAUUCAACUGUCCAAAAUUGUGAAAAUGAAAUUACAGUAGAUCUUUAUGUACUGAAAUUGCACUGCAUUUAUUAACCCAAUGAAGUAUUAAACAAAUUAGUUGGUAUUUAAAUAUUUAUAAUAAUAAGCUUUUAUAUCAUUAUGAAACCUGGCAGUACAAAAUCUACUAAACAUGAGCCAACCAUAAUUGAUAUGUUUCUAAAACAAAUUGCUAAAAGAAAAAGAAGGGAUUCAGAUGUUAAUAAUGAUGAAGAGAUACAAAAUACACGAAAAAGUAUUCUUGUAAACAAUGAAUCUAAUAAAGAAAAUCAAAGUCCAACUGUAAAUGAAGAAUAUUUAGAAGAAAAUAUUGAAAAAAAAGUUAAAAUUGAAUGUGAUAUAAGUGGAGUAAAAAUUCAAACUAAGAAAGUGAAUACUAUUUUUGAAAAAUGUGAAUAUUGUCGUCAAAAAUUGAAUGAUGUAAGAUUUUAUCCAGGACAUCCAAAUGGAGCUGUUGAUGAAUUUGUUGCUUUAACUGAUUCAAAAUUAUGUUUAUUUAGUGGUGAUGAGUCAUUCAUACAUGAAAGUGAUGAACAUCCGCAAAAUAAAUUAACUCAUUUUAGUGUUUAUGAUAAAAAUGGUCAUUUAUGUCCAUUUGAUGCUGGACUUAUAGAAAAAAAUGUAUCUUUAUAUUUCUCUGGCUACAUGAAAGCAAUUUAUGAAGAAGAUGCAUCACCUGAAGGUGGAGUACCUACUAAGGACAUGGGACCGAUAAAUGAGUGGUAUGUUUCUGGUUUUGAUGGAGGUGAACUAGCUCUUAUUGGAUUCAAUACAGCAUUUGCUGAAUAUAUUUUAAUGGAACCAUCAGAAGCAUAUAUUCCUUUCAUAGAUCUUGUUAGAGAAAAGAUAUAUAUCAGUAAACUGGUCAUUGAAUUUCUGUUAGAUGAACUUAAUCCAACCUACGAAGAUUUACUGAACAAACUUCAAACAGUUGUUCCACCUAAAGGUAUUACAAGAUUCAGCGAAGAUAUUUUACUACGACAUGCACAGUUUGUAUGCGAUCAAGUAUUGUCAUUUGAUAAUUCUGCUGAUUCAGACGAUGUGCUCCUUAUCACAAGUCCUUGUAUGCGAGCAUUAGCUAAUCUGGCAGGUGUUACAUUGGGUAAAAAAGCAGCACUUCGUAGAACACAGCGUCGCGAACAGAAAAUUAAAAAACCUGCCUGGACAAAAGCAACUACAACUCAAUUAGUGAACAAUAUGUUCGAAAAUAUUUUUACUGAUCAGUUGAUUAAACACGAUGAUAAAAUAACAAUGGGGCCUAAACGACAAAGGUGUGGAGUAUGUGAAAAUUGUCAACAACCCGAUUGUGGUCUUUGCAGUGCUUGUAAAGAUAUGAUUAAAUUUGGAGGAAGUGGAAGGAGCAAGCAGGCUUGUGUUAAAAGAAGAUGUCCAAAUAUGGCCAUUCAAGAAGCAGAUGACUCUGAUCCAGAGAAUGAAGAACAGUUUGAAACUGUUAUAGAUAGUACAAAUAUUGAAGAAGAAAGCAGAAAGAAAGCUUUCAAAGAAUUUAAAAAAGAUAUUGUAUGGGUGGGAAAACAAAUUGCUAUUGAUAACCAGAGAACAUAUUAUAAAUCUGUCAUUGUAGGCAAUGAAAAUAUACAAUUGAAUGAUUAUGUACUUGUUGAGCCGAAAAAUCCGGUGAUUCCGCUUCAUGUUGCUAAAAUAAUUUACAUGUGGGAAAAUAGAAAUGGUAUAAAGCAAUUCCAUGCUAAUUGGUUCCACAGAGGAAACGAUACAAUUUUGGGAGAAACAUCAGAUCCUAUAGAAUUGUUUUUGAGUGAUGAUUGUGAUGAUGUACCUUUUACAUCCAUCAGAUCCAAAUGUACUGUCGUUUUUAAAAAAGUUUCAGACAAUUGGGUUGAUCUAGGUAAUACGAAUUUAAGUCUUGAAAAUGAAGUAAAAGACAUAGAUGGCAAGACGUUUUUUUAUCAAAAACGUUAUACACCUGAAACUGCUCGAUUUGAGGAUCCUUCACCUGAUCCUGAAUGUCAUCGAAAAGAGAAUAUACAUCGCUUUUGUGCUGCUUGUGUUCGUUUACACACACUAGAACAAUACAAUACGCCAAAGGUAUACGAGAAAAUAGAAGAGAAAAGUAGCAGAGAAGUCAUUUAUGGAGUAAUAAAAUACAAAGGCGAAGAGUAUAGAGUUGGUACUGCAGUAUUUUUGCAGCCAGGGACAUUUAAAUUUAAACAUAAAACUAUGAAUCAAGAUGUAAAAGUGAAAAAGGAAAAUGUAGAUGAAGAUAUGUAUCCCGAAUUUUAUAGAAAAUCGUCUGAUCAUAUCAAGGGUUCAAAUUAUGAUACUCCUGAACCCUUUUGUAUAGGAUAUAUAAAUAUGAUAUAUGCUAUUACAAAUGACGUUAUAGUUUCACCUUCUGAUAUUAACAUUAAAGUAAAUAAAUUAUAUAGACCUGAAAAUACCCAUAAAGAUCCUACAUCAGUGGAACAACUUGAUGUAAAUAUGGUUUAUUGGAGCGACGAAGUGUACACUAUCAAAUUUAGUGAUGUUGUUAAUAAGUGCUAUCUCGCUUAUUCUGAAAAUUUAAAUCAACCAAUUGAUGAAUGGUCUGCAUUAGGACCAAAUCGAUUUUAUUUCAAUGAAGUUUACAAUCUACAAGAAAAAACAUUUGACGAGCCACCUUAUCACGCCAUUAGCAUUGGGAAGACUAGCAAAGGUAAAGGUAACUUGAAACUUAAGGGGAAGAAAACUGAGGAAAAUCAGAAGAAGACAAUUGUGAAUAAGCCUACUGAAUACAAUGUAGGAAUAAAUAAAUUGAAGACGCUGGACGUAUUUGCUGGUUGUGGUGGGCUAUCAGAAGGUUUACAUCAAGCUGGCGUUGCUGAAUGUUUAUGGGCUAUUGAGAAAGAAGAACCAGCUGCUCAUGCAUACCGAUUAAAUAAUCCAAACACAACAGUGUUUACAGAGGACUGUAAUAUAUUAUUGAAGAAAGUUAUGGAUGGUGAUAUCACAGAUAACAUUGGCCAAACACUACCUCAGAAAGGACAAGUGGAGUUACUGUGUGGUGGUCCGCCGUGUCAAGGAUUCAGUGGCAUGAAUCGUUUCAAUUCACGACAAUACUCUUUAUUUAAAAACUCCCUUGUCGUAUCUUACCUAUCAUACUGUGAUUACUAUAGACCCAAGUUCUUUAUAAUGGAAAAUGUUAGAAAUUUUGUAUCUUUCAAAAAAAGUAUGGUGUUAAAAUUAACACUGCGAUGUCUAGUACGAAUGGGCUACCAAUGCACAUUUGGUAUUCUCCAAGCUGGAAAUUACGGAGUGCCUCAAACGAGACGAAGAAUGAUCAUUCUGGCUGCUGCACCUGGACAAAUACUUCCAAAUUAUCCAGAACCUACACAUGUCUUCAGCAAACGUGCAUGUCAAUUAAGUGUUUUGGUCAAUAAUAAAAAGUAUAGCUCUAAUUGUACUUGGAUAGAUUCAGCGCCAUAUAGAACAAUUAGUGUCAGAGAUUCCAUGUCUGAUUUACCAGAAAUAAAAAAUGGAUGGAAUAAGGAAGACAUGUCUUAUAGCAGUGAACCAAUAUCACAUUUUCAGCGAAAAAUGAGAGCAAAACAAUACCAACCCUUGUUAAGAGAUCAUAUAUGUAAAGAAAUGGCACCCCUUGUAGAAGCCAGAAUAGCACACAUUCCAAUUGCUAGUGGUUCAGAUUGGCGUGAUUUGCCAAACAUUGCAAUCAGAUUAAGUGAUGGGACAUAUUCAAAAAAAUUGGAAUAUAUUUAUGAUGAUAAAAAGGUUGGGAGAAGUUUCGAUGGAGCAUAUCGUGGAGUAUGCAGUUGUUGCUUAGGGAAAGCAUGUGAUCCUGCAGAUCGACAAUUUAACACUCUGAUUCCAUGGUGCCUUCCACAUACGGGAAAUCGUCAUAAUCAUUGGGCUGGUUUAUAUGGUAGAUUAGAAUGGAAUGGAUUUUUUAGUACAACUAUCACAAAUCCUGAACCUAUGGGAAAACAGGGUCGAGUGUUGCAUCCAGUACAAUCUCGAGUGGUCAGUGUACGUGAAUGUGCAAGGUCUCAAGGAUUCCCAGAUAGCUUUCGAUUUUAUGGAACUAUACUGGAUAAACAUCGACAAGUUGGAAAUGCAGUUCCACCACCACUUGGAGCAGCCAUUGGACAUGAGAUAAGGAAAUGCAUACAAGACGAGAAUAUAACCACAGAGAUUCAUGAUGAUAUCAAAUUAGAACUAAAUUCUAUAAAGACUGAAGUAGCUAAUAAUAGUUCUAACUAAAGUAUUUAAAAGAAUAAUUUUCAUUUAUGUAUUAACAAAAAUCAACUAGUCUUUAAUACAGUUUUAUUAAUUACCUUGCUUAUAAAAUUAUUGUAAUACUUUAUGAAAAUAUUUAUUUAAUUUAUGUUAUAUAUAAAGUACAGCUCCCAUAGCUUUUGAUUUUUAUAACACAGUUAUGUUAUUUAUUUCUAAAUUAAACUGUCAAUUUUGAACUUUAAGAUCAAAAAAAUAAAAGUAAAUAUUUUUUUCAUUGAAUGAUUUUUACAUGCACUUUUCUUUUAAACAUUAGCAACUACUUGACAGCUAUAAAAUUGACUAAAAAAUAAGAGUUCUAAAAAAGCACUGUUAAUCCUUUCAUAUUUUUAAAUUUGAUACAACACAUUACAUAUGUACUUAUCAUUAAGUGCAUUCCUCAGAUCGUUUGGGAUUUCAUAAACUAAUUUUUCAUGUUGAUACCUCAUGCUGUCAGUAAUUUUAAUAAAUUUUUGAAAGUGCCAGAAAAGAUUUUAACUGUUGCUAUCCUCAAAGAAUAGACUAAACAGAGUUUAAAAGCCUCUUGUUAAAAAAUCAAUCUCUAUCAAACUGAUAAGGAUACAAACGUAUUAAUAUAAAAUAAGACAUUAUAGAAAUCUAUUUUUUCUAUUAAGUAAUAUCAAUUUAUCAUAACAUCAACAAUGUUUACCUUACUUUAUCAAAUGUGUGCAAUCGCUUUCACAACAUGCGUUAUAUAUGUGUAUGUAUCUUUAUCUAGAUUUUUAAUUAUUUGUGUAUGAUUAAGUUCGCGAUCGUGAGAUAUAGAAGAGUUGGAUAAUUUUCGUCGUAUGUGCUACAUGUGCUUAGAUAAUUUGUUGAAUAAGUUGAAUAGGUAUAUAUAUUAAUAAAUGAUUAUAUCGUACUACGCAUAUGUAAAUCUUUAUUUAUUCGUAUUAUCUGUCAAUCAAACAGCGAGACAUCAACAUUAUUUGAUCUGACAAGGAAAAUAACAGUUUUAUCUAAAACACUAAAAGUAUCGUUUGUUUUGUUUUACUAAAUAUUUAAUGAUUACGAAUUGAAGACAUAUUUUUAUUAACAAUGAUUAAAGUUCAAGGUUAGGUAGACAGUAAAAAUAUUGAAGAAGAAAGCAGAAAGAAAGCUUUCGAAGAGUUUAAAAAAUAUAUUAUAUAGGUGGGAAAACAAAUUGCUAUUGAUAACCAGAGAACAUAUUAUAAAUCUGUCAUUAUAGGCAAUGAAAAUAUACAAUUGAAUGAUUAUGUACUUGUUGAGCC